GCAGGCGCGAAGAGCGGCUACGCGAGGAAGGAGAAAACAAGCCAGACCCCGUGGUGUAAGGGCGGGGCCUAAAGGCUCGUUGCGCCUGCGCGAAAGAGUCGACGGCGUCCUGCGUCGUUACUUUUGAAACCGGUGGCGGGGAACUACUCUGGAAGUCACUGGUGUGGCUGGUUGCCGCGUGAAAGCGCGUCUCUUCAUCCGUGGGCCUGGCCAUGGCGCUGCAGCUCUCCCGGGAGCAAGGCAUUACCCUGCGCGGGAGCGCCGAAAUCGUGGCGGAGUUCUUCUCGUUUGGCAUCAACAGCAUUUUAUAUCAGCGUGGCAUAUAUCCAUCUGAAACCUUUACUCGAGUACAGAAAUACGGACUUACCUUGCUUGUAACUACUGAUCCUGAGCUCAUAAAAUACCUAAAUAAUGUGGUGGAACAACUAAAAGAAUGGUUAUACAAGUGUUCAGUUCAGAAACUGGUGGUAGUCAUCUCAAAUAUUGAAAGUGGUGAGGUCCUUGAAAGAUGGCAAUUUGAUAUUGAGUGUGACAAGACUGCAAAAGAUGACAGUGCACCCAGAGAAAAAUCUCAGAAAGCCAUCCAAGAUGAAAUCCGGUCAGUGAUUAGACAGAUCACAGCUACAGUGACAUUUCUGCCACUGCUGGAAGUCUCUUGUUCGUUUGAUCUCCUGAUUUAUACAGACAAAGAUUUGGUUGUACCUGAAAAAUGGGAAGAAUCGGGACCACAGUUCAUAACCAAUUCUGAGGAAGUUCGUCUUCGUUCAUUUACUACUACAAUUCACAAAGUAAAUAGCAUGGUAGCCUACAAAAUUCCUGUCAAUGACUGAGGAUGAGAAGAGGACAGUAAUGUACCUGUGAUUCUCAAAUGUGGUUUUCCUGAAACCAAAUCAACUACAGUUGAUGUUUUAUUUCAUUGGUUAAUAUUUAGAUGGGGAAAACUUAACAUUAUACUUUAAUGAAUCUGUGCAUAGUUGUCCCAUUUUUUGGUGCCUGUUUGCCUUUCCAUAGGGCUGGUGUAAAUUAUUGCACAUUGUUCCAAAGAGAACUAGCAGAUUACAUCAACAUUGUAAUGUCAGUUCCUUUGAAGGUGGUAACUGUAGGUGGAAAAAUUUUUGCUAUGAAGCUUAAUAUCUUUCUAAGUCAGUCCUUUUUGUCAAGUAGCUUGGCUCAGAAUAUGGAGAAAUAUUUAAAUAUAAAAUAGAGCAAAAGAAAUCUUUGUUUAGAUCCUGAAGUGACUAAUGAUAGUCUGUAAGUACUGAAAUACUGCUCCUAUUAGGUUCUUUUGCCAUUUAUUUCAUUUGUAUAGUUUCCAUAUUGAAAAUUUUUGCAAUUGAUUUUAAUUUAUGUAACAUGAACCUGUGAAGCUGUUGAUGUUUCUACUGUUUAAAUUGCUAUGAUACAGAACUCUUAAAAAUGCCUUUUUAUGUUUCAUAAAAAUCAAGCUUUAAAUGACAGUGAUAAAAUAAAGUUAAAUGUAUGUUUUAAA